AUGGCAUUCCUCCUUUGUUCUACCCGGAUCCCAAAUAAACCCUCCCCGGCGCUGCCCCCACGGCCCCCACUACGCCCCCACAGCGGCCCCGGAUUCCCUCCCCACCUCUCGGCUCCAGUCGCAGUCCCAGCUCCAACUUCUACCCCAAAGUCAAAGCCAAAGUCACAGUCAAAGUCAAAGUCCCGGCAUUACUACCAGGUACUAGAAGCAUUCCCUCGGAUCCAUCUAGAUCUCAGCAUCCCCCACCGCUCAGAUUGGAUAUCACAUUAUUACGGACCAUCUCGCCCACGACCCAAAAAAAUAAAAAUAAGAAUAAAAAAGACUGUCACUAUUUCUAUUCCUACCGCACCGCUCUCCGCCGUCUGCAUAUCACCACCUCCAUUUCACCCCUCUACGGAUAGACGGAAAACUGACAAGAUGCCUACCUCCGCGCCAGCCAUCCACACUUUUACCAUGCCGAAAUCACUAGACGAGACGUUGGCUCAGCCAGGGAGUCCACAGACUUACCCCGACUCGGGCCGUUCCAUUGAAGCAGCAAAAAAAGCGGCCGACCAGUACCCCAAAGAGAUGAAGACACCCCUGGGGAGUGAUCCGCCGAAACAAAAGCCUGGCAUCACGUUUGCCGCUCAGGAUAAACUUCCCAAGCUCCCAAUUCCGGAUUUGGAGGGCACCACUGCCAAAUACCUGGCUGCUCUGAAGCCGCUCCAGACUUCGCGGGAGCACGCCGAGACUCAGCAGGCCGUGGAUGAGUUCUUGAGGGCCGAGGGCCCGGAGCUACAGGAGAGACUGACGAAGUAUGCCACUGGCAAGACGAGUUAUAUUGAGCAGUUCUGGUACGACUCCUACCUGAACUUCGACAAUCCGGUCGUCCUCAACUUGAACCCUUUUUUUCUUCUCGAGGACGAUCCGACGCCUGCGAGGAACAACCAAGUCACUCGUGCCGCCUCGCUGGUGGUGUCUGCCCUGUCAUUUGUCCGUGCGGUGAGGAAAGAGGAGCUACCGCCGGAUACCUUUAGAGGGCAACCGCUAUGCAUGUACCAGUACUCGAGGCUGUUCGGGACAGCCCGGGUACCCACCGAGAAUGGGUGCCAUAUCGGACAGGAUCCAGAUGCCAAGCAUAUCGUCGUGCUCUGCCAUGGCCAGUUCUACUGGUUCGACGUGUUAGACGAUAACUCGGACCUGAUCAUGACCGAGAAGGACGUAUCGAUCAACCUGCAAACUAUCGUCGAUGAUGCUCAGCAAACGCCUAUCCACGAGGCAGCCAAGGGCGCUCUGGGUGUGCUCAGUACCGAGAAUAGGAAAGUCUGGUCCGGGCUGAGAGAUUUGAUGACUCGGGAGGAAGGAUCCAACAACGCCGAGUGUCUCGGGAUAGUCGACUCGGCCCUCUUUAUCCUCUGCUUGGACUACACUGAGCCAGCUUCUGGGGCGGAACUGUGUGGGAAUAUGCUCUGCGGAACCAGUCAGGUUGAGAAGGGUGUGCAAAUCGGCACUUGCACAAAUCGGUGGUACGACAAGUUGCAAAUCAUCGUUUGUAAGAAUGGAAGCGCUGGGAUCAACUUUGAGCACACUGGCGUUGAUGGACAUACCGUUCUGCGAUUCGCAAGUGACCUGUACACAGAUACCAUCUUACGAUUCGCUCGCACGAUCAACGGACAAGCUCCAAGUCUCUGGGCAUCGACUAGUCCGGACCCAUCCAAGCGAGAUCCUGACAGCUUUGGCGACGUCAACACCACACCCCACAAGUUGAUGUGGGAUAUGAUUCCUGAGCUCAGCAUCGCCUUGCGUUUUGCCGAAACCCGUCUCGCGGAUCUGAUUCAGCAGAAUGAGUUUGCCACGCUCGACUUCGCUGCGUACGGCAAGAACUUCAUAACAGGGAUGGGAUUCUCGCCGGACGCUUUCGUGCAAAUGGCCUUCCAGGCGGCAUACUACGGCUUGUAUGGUCGCGUGGAGUGCACCUAUGAGCCAGCCAUGACGAAAGUCUACCUCCACGGACGCACCGAAGCCGUCCGCUCCGUGACUCCCGAGUCCGUCGACUUUGUGCAGACAUUCUGGGCGGAGAAUCCACCCCAUCAAAAAGUCGAUGCCCUGAAAAAGGCGUGCCAGAUGCACACGGCAAAUACCAGAGAAUGCGCCAAGGCACAAGGCUGCGACAGGCAUCUCUACGCCCUGUUUAGCGUCUGGCAGAAAGCCGUGGAUGCAGAUGGAGCCGAAGCAGCAAGCAGCAAUGGGUCCUCAUCUCCAGCUGAAGGCUCCUCGGAGCGCGACCCAUCCUCCGUCGUCGGCUCUCCUGGCAGGAACCCGGUUCUAUCAGCGGAUGGCGACGAAGCAUCUAUCCGAUCGAACGGGAAUCGAGCCAGAGUCAACUCAUCCCCGUCUCGCGGGCAGGCACACAGCAUGCCACUCCUCUUCGCCGACAGCGGCUGGGACAAGCUGAACAACACCAUCAUCUCAACCUCCAAUUGCGGGAACCCAUCUCUCCGACACUUUGGCUUCGGGCCCACGUCUGGCGAUGGAUUUGGCAUCGGAUAUAUCAUUAAGGAUGAAUGGAUCAGCAUCUGUGCUAGUAGCAAGCAUAGACAGACGAAGCGCUUUGUGGAUGCGCUGGAAAGUUAUCUGCUGGAGAUUAGGAGGGUACUGAGGAUGACACAACGCAGGGGGACGAGCCCGAAGGCCUCCAAGGCGCGGGAGGCAAGUGCGAGGCCCAAGGCGGGGAGUCGGUUGAAGUCCAGAGGACGGGUGAUUAAUAAGGCAUUGGAAGGGGCAAAGCCGCGGACGCCGGGGAUGAUGACCCCGGCGGAUGAGAGUGCGGCUGUGAGUGACGACGAGGGAUUAGGUGGCUAUGGCUUCUUCGACGCAGGCAUGCUCCUACAGGCGCUCAAGGCGCGAGGGGAAGGACUGGACGACGGAGUGCCGAAGCCGUCGGAGCGAGCAACGGUCAAUGCGAGGAGAAGAGAGAUUGGAAAGAAACUGCGCCUGAGCGAGUACUGA